UAAAUCAAACAAUCAAUCAAUUUUGAACCAAAUUAGACAAGCUAUGUUACAAGGCCUCGAUAGUUAAAAACCAAUUAUGCGAACAAUGUUUUAAUCGACGAGAACUGUGAACAAUCAACAACAGCAAUUAAUUCAAAAAACCCUAACCAACCGGUUUAGCGUCGCAUCUGAGGGGAUUUUUCGUGCGACAGUCAUACGACGACGAUGGAAUAAAUUGAAUCUAAACACCGGCAACUUGCAAAAUGAUCGGCGAUCAUUAUCAGCUGCUUUGCCACAUAGAUUGAUUCAGAGUUUGCACCUUCAUGGGAUCACUGAUUCAUUCAUCACUCGACUGUCCGAUUGGAAUGUGGCACUUUUGUUUACGUAUUGAAAUCAAGACACAAAAAUGAAUGAAACACUUUAUCAAACACUCUUCAUUGUACUGUUUCUGGCAGCUGUAUUUCGCUUCUCCGAAAGCCGCCUCCGCUAAAUUAUCGAACACCAUAAAAUCCAACGACAUCAGUAAAUAUCCAGGAUUGCCGGCGAAACAAAUCAUGCUCACAUUCCGUGAAACCUGUCAAGAAUACAGCGGAUCUGAUGAAGGUUUUCAGCAGUUUAUAUUGUCUAUGCAACCAACCAAACGGUGCCUGAAGAAAUACGUUGACCUUGCCCGGUUCGAGGAAGACGUUUCCAAGAUGACUGAAAAUAACCGCCGAGAAAUUUUCGAAAAUUACUGUCCCAAAUUUAAUGAGUCGCAAGUGUGCUUCGAAGGUAUGAUUGAUGCAGUGGCCACUUGCAUCAAUCAAAACACCAACAAAACCAAAACGCUACUGGCAGAAAUGGUCAACAAUGCAGUUGAGCUGAUGUGCAGAGAUGACGGAGAAAUAUUUUUCGAAUCGCGCAAACCUGAAUUUCGCAGCUGCAUUAAGAACAUCAAACAAUACGUCAAAGAGUGCAGAUCAUCGAAUAUUGCAGGAAAUACUUCACUAACCGAAUUCGGCUAUGAUGAGUGCACUGAAUUGAACAAUUCGAGGAAUUGCAUGAAGGCCAAAGUUACUGAAUGCAAUGCUGAAGCUCUGAUGGACAUUGUGGAUAUCUACUAUAAUCCAAUACAGAAAGCAAACGAGUGCGACUACUAUUUUGAUUAAAAUGUUAACCUUCCACUGCCGUGCGGUGAUGAACUUUCUUGAGGUUAGCGCUUUUUUCCCUGGAAUAAAACUUUUUUUCAAAUUGAAGAACAA